GUGCAAAAAAUUCUUGAGCUCCACCAAAAUGGUUUGCAAACUUUUUGCUGUCAUUCUUGCUGUAGCAGUUUGUGCUGGUGUUGCCUUUGGCCAGCCAAUACCCAUCCAAAGAUGCUUUGAGUCCCCUUCAUCAUGGAGUGGUUUCUUCUUUCGGGUUGAUUACUCCAGUGGGCAGAGUGAUCGUGGGUACAUAUUUUAUAACAGGACUGAGUUUCGGUUGAUGUAUUCCUUUGAAUCAAGGAUAGGGACACCAGAUAUAGACAAACACUGGCUCUUCUAUAACACAAGGAAAUCAUAUUUUUACGAUGAAAAUGCAAAUACUUGUGAAGUUGAAGACAUUCCCCCAAAUGAGUUUAUUCCAACAUUUGGGAGUCCACGAGGAUCUGAGUUCAUACAUUAUGAUCGAUUGGGUGCAUACUCAUUCAACCUAGGAGUGACAGUUGAUUACUUCAGAUUGAGAACAGAUUCUGGUGGAACAUAUCGUGGCUAUUAUUCACCUCUAUAUGAAUCUGUUGCUACUGAUUUCAUGUGUGUUCCUGUUAUUGAGAGCUAUGAGAAUAUUGACACAAUCCCAACACAUCAGAGGAACAUACACUGGACGUACAUGAAUAUAACUACUGAUCCAAUCCCUCCAUUUAUUUGGGAGCUUCCUACUGCAUGUAGAGAGAGGAACUAAAGCCUCCUAUUGUUAUGCAACAAAGAACAAUGAACUGCAUUGCUGUGUUUGUUUAUUGCUGACAAGCUGUCAUAAAUAUAAUUAGCAUUGUGGUGUGUUUUCUCAUAUAGUGCUGAUUUGCAUCAAUGAAUAUCACAAAUUCUUUUACGUGCUAUUUUUACUGCCUAGCUUGACCUUAGCUCACCACCCCAUGCUAAAAAUGAAGACCUUUCUCCUUGCUGCUGUUGCUUUAACCUGCUUUGCCUAUUGCUUUGCGCAGCCAGGCCCAGUUCAGAGAUGCUAUGAAUCUCCAGAUGCAUGGAGUGGCAACAUUCUUGUGGCAGACUAUGCUAGGAAGAGGAGUGACUUUGGGUACAUAUUCUAUAACAGGACCAAACAAUGGCUACACUACACUUAUAAUGCUGAAUUCGAAGAUGGCCGUGACUAUAUAAAGAAAUGGUACUUCUAUGACACAAGGAAGUCAUACACACUGGAUGAGGAUGCACAUACAUGCACAGAGGAAGAUAUACCACCUGAUGCACAGUUCCCAAGGUUUAGUGCACCUGAGGAUGCAACAUUCCGCCACAUUGAUGUAUAUGGCUCUUUUAUACCUAACCUUGGAGUGAAAACUGAUUAUUUUAGACUUGAUACAGAUAGUGGUGGAGUUUUCCAUGGAUAUUAUGCUCCUGCAUAUGAUGAAAGUAGGAUAUGUGUUCCAGUAAUUGAGAGCUAUGAAAACAUAGACACAGCACCAAUACACCAAAGGAACAUGCACUUUACGUAUUUGAACAUUACCACUUUCCCAUUCAGUAAUUUGGUGUGGGAGGUCCCUGGAGAAUGCUUACAUUAACUGAAAGACAUAUAAACUAAACUUGCUGCGAAUACUUAGUUGCAUGCAACAUUGCUUUUUUGCUGUUUUUGCAUUUAAAAAUUAAUUUGAUCCAUA